CUGACUUGGCAUCGCGCCUGCGGGCAGCAAGUUACUAUUUAUCACCUGAGACGAUGCUGCUGAGGGUGUAGUCCCGGGCACCUGGCGUGCCUGCCGUCCUUCUCUUCCAGAUCGUCCUCCGGACCGGGAGCAGCCUCAGUCAUGUCCCUGUCUCUGGGGUGGCUGUCAGCCGUGCUGGCGGGGUUUUUCACCGUGCAUGUUUUGCAGAAACUAUGUUUCCCAUACUUUUGGAGGGACCUUUUCUUCUUAUUGAAAGUAAUCAAGUACGGCGCCAAGCUGGAGGUGUUCAAGCUGACGUCCCGGGUGGUGACGGUGCUGGACAGGUUCAUCCAGCAGGCGCAGCGCAUCCCCGACAAGCCUUUCCUGCUGUACGAGGGCUCGACCUACACCUACCGGGACAUCGAGGAGCGCAGCAACAAAAUCGCCAAUGUUUUCCUGGAGCGGGGCAACUUGAAGAAAGGAGACUCGGUUGCGCUGCUGAUGAGCAACGAGCCCGAUUUUGUCUGCGUUUGGUUCGGCUUGACCAAGCUGGGCUGCUCCGUGGCUUUCCUCAACACCAACAUCAAGUCCAGGUCGCUGCUGCACUGCUUCAACUGCUGCGGGGCCAAGACGCUCAUUGUUGGUGCAGACCUGGUGGAAUGUCUGAAAGACAUCUCAGCCAGUCUGCAGGAGGACAGCAUUCAGAUCUGGGCCCUUGUGAGCCAGAGUGACCACACGGACAUCCACCCUCUGUUGGAUCAUAUUGCUGCUGCCUCCAUCCAGCCCGUACCGGCAGCAUUACGAGCCGUGACCGUCCUCAAGACUCCCACCCUCUACAUCUUCACCUCUGGAACCACCGGUCUCCCCAAGGCAGCAGUGAUUACCCACCUUCAGACUCUGAAGGGAGCAGGAGGUUUCUGGGCAUUUGGUGGGACAGAAGAAGACGUGGUGUACAUACCUCUGCCCCUGUACCACAGCGCAGCCUCCUUGAUUGGCAUCGGAGGAACCAUAGAGAUGGGUGCAACCUGCGUCCUGAAAAAGAAGUUCUCAGCCUCCCAGUUCUGGAACGACUGUAGAAAAUAUAACGUGACCAUCUUCCAGUAUAUCGGUGAACUCUGCAGAUACCUGUGCAACCAGCCUAAGGGGGUGCAGGACAAAGUUCACAAGGUCCGAAUGGGCGUGGGGAACGGGCUUCGGCAGGACAUCUGGUGUGACUUUCAAAAUCGCUUCGGAGAAAUUCGCAUGUGUGAGAUCUACGGUUCAACCGAGGGAAACCUUUGCUUCAUGAACCACAUUGGCAAGAUUGGAGCUGUGGGGCGCUCCAACUUCUUCUACAAGGUUCUCUUCAAGUAUGAUUUGGUACAGUAUGACAUGGUGAAAGAUGAACCUGUAAAGGAUGAACGUGGUUUCUGUCAGCGAGUGAAAAAGGGUGAGACGGGGCUCUUACUGUCCAAGGUGGGCGCCACCAGCCCAUUCUUUGGUUACGCCGGCAGCAAACAGUUGACAGAGAAGAAGCUGAUGAGAAACGUAUUUGUGAAGGGAGACGCUUACUUCAACACAGGCGAUCUGAUGGCUGAAAACCAGGAGGACUUCAUCUGCUUCAAAGACAGAGUGGGAGAUACCUUCAGGUGGAAAGGUGAAAAUGUGGCGACGACAGAGGUGACAGAAACACUCGGGCUGGUUGACUUCAUCCAAGAGGCCAAUGUGUACGGGGUGGAGAUUCCAGGAAAUGAGGGCAGAGCAGGAAUGGCUGCCAUCAUUGUCAGACCAGGCCAUUCUUUUGACAGCAAGAAACUGUUUGACCACGUCUUGAGGGAUCUACCAGCUUAUGCCCGUCCUCUUUUCAUACGACUUCAGGAGUUCAUGGAUAUGACCAGCACCUUUAAGCAACAGAAAUUCCAUCUAGUGCAGAGUGGUUUCAACCCUGCAACAAUCUCAGAGCCUCUCUAUUUCUUGGACUACACACAGAAGUGCUACAUUCCUUUGACGGACAGUAUCUACCAGAGCAUCCUCGCUGGGGAGCGGAAGCUAUAGGAACCAACAAAACCACACAGCUGGGCGUUACCGGACAAGUAGAUCAUGGUGCCUUCACAUAGAGAGCUCUUUAUUUUCAGUGUUUUUAUUUUAUUUCAUUUUAUUUUAUUUUAUUUGAGAAUCCGAGAGCCUACAAUCAUGUUGAAUAAUUUAUGAGUGUGUUUUGGUUAACAAGGCAUCGUCAAGUUAGUGAUGAGCCAGAGCACUGUGACAAACGUGAGGAUGCUUGAGAACUGACACCUAAACAUGAGAGCUUGGAAACGCCAUACUGUAUGUAAGGCUGCACCUGCAAUUGUAAUAUUCAGAUUCACUCAUGCAUACUGGGAUGUUUGUGACAUAACCAUUGGCCACAAUACUGUGUGUGUUAUUGACCUUGCCGGAGCACUAAAGCCUGGGUUCAGUAAGGGUUUGGACUGUGAGGAGUGCAUGCUGUUUUGCCAAACUGACUAAAUUUGAUUUCCAUGUUAUCCGUCCAUUGAGUACAAUAAGAGAAAAUCACAGAAUAAUGCUGGAAAUUCAGCCUUGCACAUGCAAAUACAGUUUUUUAAAUGACUCAGGUAAAGCCAUGUAAAUUAGAAAUAGCAGCCAAUUCGACAAUACUUAACAUCAGCUCAGACGGUUGAAAUGGUGCCAGUGACAGGCCACUAAGGUUUGCUUGUUUAAAAAAAAAAAUUUAAUUGGAAAAACUGAAAUCUGAAGCUGAAAGUUCAAGUUUUGAUCUUGAACUAAUGCUCACAUGACAUUGGGACCUGUCUACUUACUGGAGUUUUGAUCUUUAACUGAACAAUGUAUUCAAACUAAAAAUAAGCCUAGGGUUUUUUCAAGUUAAAUAUAAUUUUCAUUCAGUUCUGGAAAUGUUCUGAAUAAAUAAUUUUCAUUUUUCACUUUCAUAUAUAUUUUGAUAUUUGUCUUCUUUUUUCCCAGUCACAGGUUUUAUAUUUUUUUGUUUUCAGAUGUUUUUUGGUUUUUUUUUCCCGCUUUCAGAUUUUUUUUUUCCAGUUGCAGACUUUUGCCAUUGACCUGGCCUUUGGGGCAGUGGGGCUUCAAAUCAUGAGUCAACACUUUUUAUAGACAAUAUUCACAUGACAGAGAAAAAACUUACAUGAGUGACAAAACUCUGUUCAGCAAGCUGUUUUACACUGUACUUGGCACCAGAAUUAAGCUUUUCCAAAUUCCAGGGAUGGACAUCUUCAAAAAAAAAUGUCAUUAGGGGGUGUUGUUGAAAGUCUUGAGCUUUCACUGACAUGUCAGUCUCCUCAGGCAUGGACUCAAGUAAUAUAAUAACUGACCAGCAUGUUUUGGUAAUAUGUGAAAUUUUCUCUAUUUGGGCCUUACGAUAUAUGAAAUAAUUGUGUAGAAUUAGUCUCUCAGUUAUGGCAACUUAUUCCUGUCACAUCUCAUUGUAACAAGAAACAUUUCAUAUCAUAACGAGAGUUUCUUGUUGUAAUUUGCUGUUUGUAUGUCAUAACAAUAAGAAAAGAUGUCAUAACGUGAAAAUAUUGUGAUACUUUGAUACUGAUCUGCUUUUUUUUUUUGUUUGGCAUGGAGGCAACAUGCUGCUGCAGGUGCGUCACCUGGCCCGGGGAUUCAGGGCUAAAGUCCUUAAUACUUUUUCCCCAGCCCUCAACCCCCACCCCCCACCCCGAUGUGAACGGGGCUACAUAAUGUCCUGGUCUCACCUCCAGUCCCUGCUGCGUCACUGUCACCCCUCCCCUAACGUCGACAGGUCAAGACAGGACAGGCCACAGACAGCAAAACAAUGGGCCUACAAACAUUUUCCUCCAAAAGCAGAGAAGCAGCUCAGUGGGGAGCCUUAGCGGCCAGACUGUCCCGUUCAGCCAGAUAAACCAGGUUUUGGACAGGGACAAAGGAAAAGAAGGCUAAAAAUACUGACAGCCUCAGCCAUGGCCCCUACACUGCUGGAUUGAGUUGUGAUGCGGCUUGAGAAAAAUAUCUCUAUUUCACAUUUUCAGUUUUCGGGUAAAAUGUUAUUAAAAGGUGAUGGCAUAAUCUGCAGCUGUCUGAAAUAAAGACAGUUUAAGACAGAUUUUUCAUUAUGGUUUGUCAACACAGCAUUCAAAUUUGGCCCCUCCUCCCUGGCUGAGCUUAAUGCCAGCAGUGACUUUUCUUUUCCUAGGAUGGUGACAGAAUGACACACCCGCCCAAAAUGUAACAUUGCUGUCAUGGGAAAAAAUAAAAUUGGCCUGUCGGGACCUACCUGUCCAACAGAGAACAGGUCAACACCACAUCGCCCUUCAUCCUCCUCCUCUACCUCAGUGCUCACUGCGGUGAAAGCCAAGCUCAGCAUAACAAGAAGAUCCAGGCACAGGGCAGCGUCUCUGCAGAUACACACACCAACACACACUUCUUGUGGCUCACAAGUGAUGAUGAAGAGGGAUUAUUUUUAUAUAAGUCUAUACAUUGUUGUUUGGUUUUUUUAGGGAAAUAGUACUCUUCUGCCUUCAAUGCAGAGAUAUCUUGGAAGGCAUUUGUUGCACACACCUAGUAUGCAAUCAUACUAAACAUCACACCCAACUGUGUCAAAAAAAAAAAAAAAAAAAAAAACUUGGCUACAUGGCUGCUCCGUGAUUUCAAACCUACACUGUCAGCCCUCAGUGGAUUCCUAUUAAAGUGCCCUGUAAACUGACUAUUCAGUGGGGCGUUCAGGUGCUUCAAGGAAUUUAUAAAGAUAGAAACGUUAGUUGUGUUUCUGCUAUGUGAGUAUUCACUGGAGGUCACAAGGCCUGCUGCACAGUUUAUGUUGCUUAGUUUUUGAAGCCUUAAUUUCAAACAUGUUCUAACUUCACAAUCAAAAUGAUGUUAUUUGGAUAAUUCAUGAAUGUUUUGGGUGUUGUCAUUAUAUUUUUAGCCUGAUAAAUAAGUCUAACUCUACGGCUGUUCCGAACACCUUCUUUUGGUCUUCGAAGCUUUGGCAGCAAUUAUCUGAAGCCUCACUACGAAGAGGGAGGGUCUUAAUCUGAGGGUGGAUCUGCUGUCCAGGGGCCCGCCGCUGUACACACAGCAGACUGUGCACACAGCUUUUGGGAGGCAAAUGUGGAUGUGCCAUGGGUGGAUCUGUUUGUGUCAAGAGAAGACACAGUGUCCACUGUUACAAAAGGGAAAAAAGACUGAUUUUGCCUUCAACUACCAUGGCAACAGUUUAUGGCUUUGAAGCGUUCAGGUCAGUCCCGGUCAGCUCAGCCUUAUUUUUGGGUUGUGAUGGACCAGAUGCUGAGUCAACUUCAUUAGAGCCUCUUUUGGGUAACAUUAAACAUCAGUAGUCAUGUUUAUGCUAUCAACUACCAAUGUCAGGGAGUUAAAGCCAGUUAGCAAACAAAGAUAUUUUUUUUUAUUACUACAUUUACACUAUGUUAAAGAUAUUAUGUCUCUGAUUGACCUCUCAAUGUGGAAAUUGCAAAAAAUCACAAUAUCUUUUCAUGCCCAACAGAAAUUGAAUAUAUAAAAUGGCAAUGGAGUCUUGUAUUUGACAUAAAAGUUGCCAUUUGUAUGUGCAAAUUUUGGCUUAAAAUGAAAAUUCAAAUUUCACUAGUAUUUGCUUUUGCCAUUUCCAUUGCCAGACAGUAACAGAAUACAUUUACUUCAGUACUGUACAUUUGUUGUAUAAACUUUGGACUUUUACUCUACUGCAUUUCAAAGACGAAUAGUGUACUUUUGACUCAUUUCUAUGAAAGUUGUUAAUUUUGAGCAUAGCUUUGAAUUCAGUGGGUGAUUUUUUUUUUCUCUGUUCUAAAAUGCGAUUGGCCGCACGCACAUUGUGUUCCUCACAGGAGAAAAACCAAUCAGAGUAGCUGCUCUCAACUGGGUUUGAUGGAUCGUAGAAAUAUGUCAUCCACUGUCUAAUACCUACAUGUAUACACACACACACACACCAUGAUGUGUCAGAACACUGCCAUGCUGCUUAGUGUAUGUAUGUGUGUGUGCGCGUGUGUUUGUUUGUGUGGUGGGAUGGGUAAAUAAAACAUGAAAAAUGAAAAUGU